AUGAAGGCCGUUCUUCUUAUCGCCAUUCUUCUCGGCUCGAUCGCCGCUGUCAGCGCGUUCAGACUUCCAUUCCAGUUCUUCGGUUCCCAAGAAGACUUCAACAGCGGGCUUGCCAAGCGCAACUACUAUGAAUCUAAGCCAUACAAGCGCGAGUUCAAUGCCGACGAUUUGACACUCCGCUUCGGAAAACGUGCAGGUGCCGGAGAGCCGUUGGCUUUCUCACCGGACAUGCUCUCGCUCCGUUUCGGAAAAUAA